GCUCUGGGUAGCUGGCUGGUUCAGCUGGUUUUACUCUGCAGUUACAGAGAAAGAACAGACAGAGGGAAAUGUGAAAGAAAGAGAGAGAAAGAAAGAAGAAGAAGAAAUAUAUAUAUAUAUAUAUAUAUAUAUAUAUUUACACACACACACCAAGCUCUUACUACAUUUCCCCUGGACAGCCCUGUGUGUUACUUAUUGUUUUCAGGCACGGAGAUGGCGGAGUUGUUGAAGCGGUAUCGUGAGAGAAUACGCACUGAGCUGGAUAGAGUUGUGGAUUUCUGGCUGAAAUACUCUCAUGAUGAGCAAUAUGGUGGGUUUUUUACCUGCAUUGGAAAAGAUGGGAAGAUCUAUGAUGAGCUCAAGUAUGUGUGGUUACAGGGCAGACAGGUCUGGAUGUACUGUAGGCUGUACCGCACCAUGCCGAGGUUUCACCGGCCAGACGUUCUUCAAGCUGCCAAAUCAGGCGGUGCGUUUCUCAAGAGAUUUGCUCGAGUGCAGGCAUCAGAUGGUCCGGGAAAGUGUGCGUUCUGUCUGACGAGGGACGGCAAAACGGUAAAGGUUCAGCGGACCAUCUUCAGCGAGUGUUUCUAUGUCAUGGCCAUGGAUGAACUUUCCAGGGUCACAGGAGACAAAGAGAUGCAGUCCGAUGCAGAGAGCAUGAUGGAUCUGUUGGUGCACUGGGUCAGGGUCGACUCGUCAGGUCUGGGUCGUCCUCAGCUCCCUGGUGAUUGUCCUGUUAACAGCAUGGCGGUUCCCAUGAUGCUCCUGUGCCUGGUGGAUCAGCUGACGGAGGGUAGGGCAGAGCUCGCGGAGAAAUACAGCGAGCUGGGAGACUGGUGUGUCUCUCAGAUACUGCAGCAUGUACAGAGAGAUGGAAAAGCCAUUCUUGAGAAUGUGUCGCUGGAGGGAAAAGAGCUGCCUGGCUGUCAAGGACGUUUGCAAAAUCCAGGUCAUGCCUUGGAGGCUGGCUGGUUCCUGCUGCAAUACGCAAAGGCACGAGGCGCUACAGAGCUCCAGAAUGUGGCUGUGCAGAAGUUCAUGGAGGUUCCCUUCCUCACCGGCUGGGACAAAGAACAUGGAGGACUCUUCUACUUCCUAGACGCUGAUGGUCACUGUCCCACCCAGCUGGAAUGGAACAUGAAGCUGUGGUGGCCUCACUGUGAAGCUCUCAUCUCUUAUCUAAUGGCCUACGAUCACUUCAGAGAGCCUGCAUUGCUGGAGAGAUUCACACAAGUCUACGACUACACCUUCACACACUUUCCUGACGAAGAGCACGGUGAGUGGUUCGGAUAUCUGAGUCAGCAGGGGAAAGCGGUGCUGGAUUUUAAAGGGGGACCUUUCAAAGGGUUCUUCCAUGUUCCCCGAUGUCUCUAUAUGUGUGAGAAGAUACUGGAUCAUCUGCUUACGACACUCAAGUCCUAACUGUAACCAUAAACUGAUGCAUUUUAUGCACUUUUCUCCAAUCACUGUAAUAUUUCUGCUACUGUAUACACGCUUACACUCCAAAUCAAUACUGGGCAUAUGCGGUCUGUAUACUGACUGCUAAUAUCAUAAAGGGAGCAGGGUUUGGGGCUGCUUUUUUUUUUUUACACUUUUUUUCUCCGAAUCCAUGCACAAACUAAAGCCUGUUUUGAGUAAGCAGCAGAGGAACUUGGGCUCCAGAUGCUUAGGUUUCAUAAAUGAGUUGGUUUCCAGGACACACGAAGCUUAUGUAGCAUGUUCAGUCGAAACUACAUUUCUGACAUGUCACUAAUCAAGUAGAAGCAGAAGAACCGAUGCAUUUCCUGAGAUGGUAAUGUUAAUAGCACUACAGAAAGUACUCAAGGAAGCAAGGCAAGCAGGUUCCAAGCAACUCAGGAAUACACAGGACUUUUUUUUUUUCUAUCGGAUUUUCUCAGUCAAAAACUCCAAAUACUACUACUACAUUUUCCCUCCUCUUUCUUCUUUGAGGGGUUGAGGUGGAUAUGCUGAGCUGAUAAGGUUAAGGGCAUUGCCCAAGGGCUCACCAGUGGUAGCUUGGUGGUGCCAUCCAUUAUCUGUAGCCGCUUUAUCCUGUUCUACAGGGUCACAGGUAAGCUGGAGCCUAUCCCAACUGACUAUGGGCGAGAAGCGGGGUACACCCUGGACAAGUCGCCAGGUCAUCGCAGGGCUGACACAUAGAUACACUCACAUUCACACCUACGGUCAAUUUAGAGCCACCAAUUAGCCUAACCUGCAUGACUUUGGAUUGUGGGGGAAACCGGAGCACCUGGAGGAAACCCACGGGGAGAACAUGCAAACUCCGCGCAGAACCUUCUUGCUGUGAGGCGACAGCGCUAACCACUAUACCACCGUGCUGCCUAGAAUGGGGAUAUUCAACUAAAUUUUAUAAUCCCUUACAAAGGAAUGUCUGGGUAAGCAACUAACAUGCCUGCAUGGUGACCACUGUUGCCUUUUAAUGCUCAACCACUGAUGACUAGUUUACAGCUAUAAACAAGCCAAGUUUACUGAUCAGACCAGAGUGGUCUCAUCUCAUUAUCUCUAGCUGCUUUAUCCUGUUCUACAGGGUCGCAGGCAAGCUGGAGCCUAUCCCAGCUGACUACGGGCGAAAGGCGGGGUACACCCUGGACAAGUCGCCAGGUCAUCACAGGGCUGACACAUAGACAACCAUUCACACUCACAUUCACACCUACGGUCAAUUUAGAGUCACCAGUUAACCUAACCUGCAUGUCUUUGGACUGUGGGGGAAACUGGAGCACCCGGAGGAAACCCACGCGGACACGGGGAGAACAUGCAAACUCCGCACAGAAAGGCCGUCGCCGGCCCCGGGGCUCGAACCCGGACCUUCUUGCUGUGAGGCGACAGCGCUAACCACUACACCACCGUGCCACCCCCUGUAUAGUUUCUAAGUGCUUGAAAUAUUUCAUGCCCUGUUUAAAUUUGCACACCUGCCUUUACAUGCAGUUUAUUGCACACGUUAACAAUUGAAUUUACAUUUCUUGUUAGUUUCCUGACACAUUGUUUUGCUCAGGUUUCUGCCAUUUAGUCACAUUGUCUGACUGAACUUAUUUUAAAAUGAGUUAGCCCAUUUUAAAACAUUCAAGGGUGCCAUUUGAGUUUCUCAAAUUAAACAAAAUCUUGUACUUGUUACUCAAUUAUGUUUGUUAGAUUUUUACAACUUCAUAACGUGUAAAUGAGUAUAAUUCAAUUACUGAGAAUAAUUGGUUUCAUAUUUCCCAACUGUUCAUGUGUUAUACAGUACAAAUACUACAGAGAAAUGUGUAGUUGAAAUGGUCUCUAAAAUUAAACACUGACUGACUUCAAAAUUUGUCAAACAUUUUAAUAUGCAAGAAUUAAAGGGAAAACAUGCCA